GAAGAAGAGGAGGAGUUGAUAAUUUGGAUGCUCAGUUCGGUGUUCAUCAUGAGAGAGCAGGUGGAUGUGAUUCAUUCUGGAGAACAGCAGAUGCUGCAGACACCAGUGAAGAUUGAAGUGAAACAGGAGGAGAUAAAAAAGGAAAUCACAACAGAAGAACAACAGGGUGAUGAAGAUGAAAACACAACAGAAGAACAACAGAGUGAUGAAGAUGAAAACACAACAGAGGAACAACAGAGUGAUGAUGAUGAACAGAAGCUGCUGCAGACACCAGUGAAGAUUGAAGUGAAGCAGGAGGAGAUUAAAGAAGAAGAAACCACAGAGGAACGACAGACUGAUGAAGAUGAUGAUGAUUUUAUUCCUGCUGAUCUGAUGGAAGUGAGAGAGGAACGUGAAAAACUGAGUGACGUGGAGGACGAACAGCAUGAUUUUAUAACUGGAGAAAAAUCUUUGAGUGGCUCAAACACUGAAAAGAAUUUCUCACCCAAAAAGACUCGAAGAAGAGCAGCCAAGAAAUCUUUCACCUGCUCUCAGUGUGGAACGAGUUUCACAUGUAAAAGCAAUCUUGAUGUACACAUGAGAAUUCAUACUGGAGAGAGACCUUUCACGUGCCAUCAGUGUGGGAAAACUUUCGCAUGUAAAAGCCAUCUUAAUAAACACAUGAGUGUUCAUUCUGGAGAGAGACCUUACACGUGCCGUCAGUGUGGAAAGAGUUUCAGAUGUAAAAGCAAUCUUGAUAAACACAUGAGAGUUCAUACUGGAGAGAGACCUCACACGUGCCAUCAGUGUGGAAAGUGUUUCACACGUAAAAGCCAUCUUGAUAAACACAUGAGUGUUCAUACUGGAGAGAAACCUUACACGUGCCAUCAGUGUGGGAAGAGUUUUGCACGUAAAAGCUAUCUUAAGAAACACAUGAGAAUUCAUACUGGAGAGAAACCUUACAUGUGCCAUCAGUGUGGAAAGAGUUUUGCAGAUGGAGGACAUUUCAAGUGUCAUCUCUUUUAUCACUCUGGAGAAAAGUUAUUUGAAUGUGAUAAGUGUGAUAAAAGAUUUGUUCUGGCACAGUCCCUAAAACAACAUCUGAAAACUCACACAAAUGAGAAGCCUUACACGUGUUCAUUUUGUGGAAAGAGUUUUGCACACGUGUCCUAUUUGAAAAAGCACCAGAAUAUUCAUACCAGUGUGGGGGCUCAUAUGUGCUUUGAAUGUGGGAAGUCCUUUAUUACAGCCGGCAUCUUGAAACAGCACCAAAGAAUUCAUACUGGAGAGAAACCAUACAAGUGAUCACACUGUAAUGCUGCGUUCACACCGGAUCGCGAAUAGCGCGUCAGGCGCGAGUGAUUUCAAUGUUAAGUCAAUGCAAAGACGCGUUACGCGCGUAAAAAAUUCCUGCGGCGCGAAUGAGGCAUAGAGCGCGGCGCGGUAGACGCGAAUACGCCUCAUUCGCGCGUAUUGAGCGUCUGGUGCGUUACGCGCGAAUGGUGCAUUUUGUGCAUUCACGCGUUUGACGCGAAUUCGCGUCUGCCGCCCGAGUUGAAAAAUCUGAACUUUGGCGUCAAUUCGUGCCGCGUUAACCAAUCAGGAGCCUAGCUGCCUGCUGUCACUCAGGAGGUAAAGUGACGUAAACUCCCGCUCGGAAUCUUUCAUUAUUAUUGUAAUGUAAAGACAACCAACAUUAGUGUCUGGACAGUGUUGAAUAAGGAAAAAACACAGGACAGGUUAAUUACUUUUGGAGGCUGGCUCCAUUUAUCAUCAAAACAAAAAUAAAUAAAUAAUUUAACCUGAUAUACUACCAUGGAAAACCUGACAUUUUUAAAAAGUCUCAACUUAAUAAAUGUGCAUGUUGUGGACCUGACAUCCUGGAACUGGGGCUGACAACCUGGGAAAAAAAAUACAAAAUAUAAUAAUAAUGGACUAUUUUUAGAUAGUUUAGCUCUUUAUAGGUUUGUGGGUGGCUCUUAAAAGAGCCGUUGUGGGGAAGUCAUGAGGAGGACUUCAAACGCUACUCCGUCGGCUGCCAUGGUACUGCUCCCUCCGUCGAGAAGUGUGCCAUGAAGACAUCCCUCACCCGGAGUGCCUCUCUGGAGGAGUUGUUGGCCGCAACCCGACCCAGACCUGGCAGUGGCUCCUCUCCAGCAUGUCCCGCAUCCCUCGCUGUACGGCCCAAGUACGGCGACGACGACCCAUACGCCGCUGUUCUGCUCUCCAGAGCAAAUACAGAGCGGUGACUCUCUCCACGAAUGCUCGAUCAACAUCAGCCAUCUUGUAAAAAGAUGGCCGUCAACGGGUUUCGCCUCUGGAGUUUCAUCGGAUUUCGCCUCCGACGCGCGUCACGCGCGUAAAUUUCGCUUCAAACUUUUGUUUUUUACGCGCGUCAAUUUUGCUCUUGAUGCGUGAAUGGAUUCAAAGUGGUCAAGCGUAUAACUAGACGCGGUAGGCGCGAAUUUGACGCGCUAUUUGCGUCCGGUGUGAACGCAGCAUAAAAAGAGUUACACUCAGUCACAAAACCUGAAAACACACGAGAGAAUUCAUACUGGAGAGACACCAUACCACUGCUCUUCAUCUAAUGUAAAAAAAUUGCCCAACAAGUCACAGCUAGUGGUCGAUCGAUAAGGAUUUUUAAAUGGGACACCGUUUGUGUAUAUCAGAAGAAAUGGCGUUUCAUCAGACUAGACUGUCUUUUUCCUGUCUUUAACUGUCCAGUUUUGAUGAUUCUGUGUCGACUGCAGUCUCUGCUUUCUGUUCUUGAUUUAAUUAUCAUUUACUCAGUCUAAUAAUCAAAGUGCAAAUGUGUGGAAAAAUGCAGCUUAACUUCUCUAGGGAGAAUUACUGCCUUUCUGUGAAUGACCCAGAACAAAUGUGGGUAUUGAUACUAAAGGGAUGAUCAAAUGUUUUAAUUAGAACAAAAUUAGGCACUGUCUGGUACCUGUCUGAAAGAGUCAGAGGACCCAUGUGCGUUAAUUAGUGCUAGAAACGAGAUGAAACAAAUGUAUGUGGGUGUGCACACAUUUCCCAUCUUACAGGAUUGUGUGUAACUAAUGACUGUAAUAAGGGAAAUAAUUCCAUAUACUAAUCAAAUUCAUGCAGAAAGUAAUGAUUGUUAGUUAAUAUAAAAUAUGUAACCAUAUGAAGUGAUUACAGUGUGUUUUAUGCAUUUAAAAUGAAAUAUGCUUUUGCCAUCAUUGAAGCAAGUUGGGUCAGGAUGACCAGCUGGAAGGGAGACUGUGAUGAUGACACUAGGGGGGCAUGAGAUGAUUUUAUUGGAUGAAGAGGCCAUCACUCAAAGAGAGGGGGUGGAACAGAAGCUGUAUAAAGGAUGCAUGAUUCUGAAGUGUCAUUUCAGAUGCUAGAUGAUCAGAUGGCAUCUCGGCUUUGUUCAAUAAAGUCUAAUCUUUGACAUCUGGAACCCUGGAGAGUUUUCUUACUGAGAGGAAAAGGAUCUUCAAUAUUCCACGACACUCACUGGAUGUUGCAUCUUUAGCAACA